ACGAAGACUGGAAGCAACUCAGCAGCCCAAUUGCGGGCUCAAUGCGCUGGCUUCUGCUGGACUUGGAAGCAGCUUACACGCAUUCCUAUUGAUCCCAAUAGGCAUUUUGGUUUACAACUUCCCAGGUUUACCUCAGCUGGUUGUCAGUUGAAAACUAUCUUGGCGAGUCUUUGGCUUUAGGCAAGCUGCUGACAGCAGGGCGCUGUAAGUGGUCUGAGCAAACAAUAUUAAGGCAAAUCCAGAUGUAAAGUGACGCGGCUGCUGUAAUGCUGGUUGGGCGCCGCGCGCGCAGCCGGCCUUUGCAAGCUCUGACGCUGCUGGCGGCAGUGCUGAUUACGAGCGCAGCAGCUGCAGCGAUCGGGGAAUGCAGCGCGGCCGACGGAGCGGCGACUGGGGUGCAGGCGCUGUCCUCCCUCUCUGGUGGCCAGGUGGCCCAGGGCGUCCUGGCUACACCGGUCACCGCCACGUGGGACUUUAAGGGACGGCCGGACGUGCUCGCGAUGCCACAAGGCACCGCCGUGAACCUGUCCUGCCUCACGGCACUCAACGCCACCGUGGCGGCCCCCUCGGCGGCGGUGGGGAGUGUGUUCCUGCAGCCCACGGCGCUGGACCUGUCUGCGGCGUCGGGCCUCAGCAUGGCCGGCGUCAGCCUCAGCACCGACUGCGCCACAGUGCUGGCAUACCAACAGUAUCUGUGCACGUCACUGCGCGCAGCAGGCAGCCUGACGAUGGAGCCAGGCGUGGUUCGUUUCGGCCGCUGGCGUGACGGCUUCACGUCUCUGGACAACGUGAACCUCACCUGCCCCACGUCGGCGGGCGCGGCGGCAGUGGCUGUGCCUUGCCAUCUGGUGUCUGUGCAGACGGCUGCUGAGCUGCUGGAGGCGUUCACGGUGCAUGCGGCUGCUGCCGCAGCGGCGGGAGCCAACCUCACAAUCGUGCUCGCUAGCAACGUGACGGUGCGGCGCAGCUCAUGGCCAGCAGCACCUGUGCUGGUGCCCACAAACAUGAGCUUGGUGGGGUCGGCGCUGCUUGCGCGGCCGGUGCUAGACCUGGAAGCUAUGACUAAAAUGUGGGACCUGGUGCCGCCCAACCACAUGACGAUAGUGGCCGUCACGCUGGUGAACCUGGCGCCCGUUUACUUCAGCCCCGGAGUUAUCUUCUCGCAGUUCGGGAUGCUGUCGGAGCGCGUGUGGGCGUUCCAAAGGAGCCAGCGGCUGCUGCACCUGGUCAAUGUGACGCUCGUGGUGCCGCCUGAGCAGCUGGCAUACACCAAGUACUGGGUCACGUUUCUGGUCAGCCCAGUCCCCGAGGCGCAGGAAAAGGCGGCGUGGAUCCGGGUCGGCGGCAUGAAGGUCGGGGGUGUGAACGCCACGGGUGUGUACUACGACAGCGCCACCGCCUACACGGUCACCUACCUCAACGUGCGCAUCACGGACACCAUGGACGACCCCCGCUACCCGCUGGUGGCGCAGUACACGGGCGUGCGCAGCCUGCGUGCCGAUAACGUGCCGCUGACGUCAGCAAACCCCGCCAACGGCACACGCGACCUGCUUGCUGCGCUGGACCCCUCCAACAGUAAUCCUGAUGAUUCAGGCCGGCGUUGGGUGCUACUCGCCAACAAUUUCUCUUUAUCCGAAGCGGGCGGAAGCUGGCCCGGUGUCGGCGCCGCUGCAUCUGGGGUGGCGGCUGGCAGCAACAGCAGCAAAAUUAGUAGCACUGGGAGUAACGGCAGUACUGGCGACUUGGCGGCUUCGGCAGUCGUGCUUGCCGCCGACUUUGUGAUCACGCGGGGCGGGGGACAGAUGCCCAUGCAGCUGGGCUUCGGCUGGCGUGUCAAUGCGGUGGGUGUACCGUACGGGAUCACCCUGGGCCUGCGGCAGCUGGUACUUACCGAGCUGGCGGCUCGCGGCGGCCGCUACAGCCGCAGCGACCCGCUGGCAGUGCUGUCCAGCCCGCUGUGGGGCGUGUCGCUGGCCGCGGGCGCCAGCAAGACACGGCUGGAGAACUGCACGCUGGUGGUCAGCGCGGAGGAGCUGCAGCUGCUGCAGCAGGCGCUACUGCCGGCGGCGCAGCUGGCGGCGGUUGGUGUGCCAGGGCCAGCAAGGGGGACAGGCGCCAACGGCACUGCCAACGGCACGGAGGGAAGCGGCGCGCCGCAGCGGCCAUUCGAUUCCGCUUUAGUGGCCGCGGCCCAGGCGUUCUUCACAGCUGGCGAUGACCUGCAGACGGGCAACGCCACGGUCAGUCGGCUAGUCAUAAACAGGGGCACUACAAUGCGUUACGUUAUGAAUAACGUCACCUUCCGCGUCCCAGGCAGCGGCGAGCAGGCAAACGCAGGCCUCAGAGCCCUGGGCGUGCCUUACGAUGACGGCAGCAGUAGCAGCGGUGGCGGCACGGAUCCCUGGGUCAUCGGCGUCGCGGUCGGAUGUGCCGUGGGUGGAGCUCUGCUGCUGGUUGCCGCGGCUGCGGUGUUCGUGGGCCUGCGGCGGCGGCGACGCGGGCAGCAGCCAAGCGGCAAAGCUAAGCGCUUGGCUGUUGCCAAGCUUGCUGAUGGCAAUCAGCAGGGCGGGGACCGCGACGGCAGCUCUGUGGGAAUGGCGACUGGCCAGCUGGAGUUUCCGCCGGGAGCGCCAGCAGGUGUGUCACACGGCGCCGCCGGCAGUGAUGGCAUCGCUCGGGAGCUGGCUACAAAAGCUGGCGAAAUUUUGAGUGUCCAGAAGUGUAUCAGCACUGUGGGCCUCACAAGCAGCACCCUGGAGACUUCAACCGCUACGGGUGCUAUGGGCCCGUACACAGCUGCUAGCAGCGGGCCGGCAGCGCCUGCGCCUGCAGGUGGCCAGCCCACAAUCUCGGUGGCGCUCAGUUCCGGCGGCACCAUGAACACGCCCUACUCGAACGCCUCCGCUGCAGUGGCGCUGGCAGCCGCGGGCUUCGGGAUACACGCGGACAGCUUUGACCAGGCGGCCACCACGUCGAUGAUUGGCGCCGUGCGUCAGCAACAGAGCGCCGCGGCGGCCCUCGCUGCAGCGGCGCUCGCAACCAGGAGCCCGUCUCCUAGCUAUACGCAGUCGCAGAGGUCGGGCGUCCGCGAUGCGGGUUCGGCCGGUGCGCAAAGCCAGGGCAGCGGGCCGGCCACAGGCUCGGGGGUCCGAGGCGGCGGUGAUGCAGGGGCGGCUGCCUCGUCAACAUCCGGGCUCAUGUCUUCCAUUGGGGGCACCUCCCUAGACCAGAUGCGCGGCGUGAUUGCGGCGUUGGGUCGAGACCUGGCCGAUAACAAGCAGCUACAUGUGCACGGGGUCAUAGGUAAGGGCGCGCACGGCACCGUGUAUCGCGGCACGUGGCGCGGCCUGUCCGUGGCGAUCAAGUCCAUGAUGUUUGGCCCCGACGACCACGCCCGCCACCAGCAGCGGCCGCUUAUGGAAGCGGCUAUCAGCUCAAACCUGACGCACCCCAACAUUGUGACCACCUACUGUUGAGGUUUAGAGCAUUCCCGGGCUGAGAGGAACGUUCUAGGGGCUCAAACUAGUGUCUCGACUAUCGUGUCUCACGCACGUUGUUGCUAGUUACGGCUUCAGGUUAC